ACGACCUUAAGCCCGGCGGCCACGGCGGCUUGACGAAACACCGCUUUCUAGACCAACGCCAACGGCUCAAGGUGCCAAAAGGCAUGAUGGCGAUGGGCGUCCGCAGCAAGGACAGAGGCCAAACCAGCGGUGGUGCGUCCAGAGCAACCUCGACCACUUCAACAGGGAACAACAACAACGGCACUCAUCAACAAGAAACGACACCGAAGAGAAGCGCGGCCACCGAGUUCAUUGGCGUUAUUCGGGCCCUGCUCUGGCUCUCCCCCUCUCCCCACCACGCUGCUCCAGCUCCGGCGGCGGCGGCUUCACCGGUGGCAGCAGCGGCAGCACCGAUGGCAGCAGCGACCACCGCGGGAAUGGCGGUGAUUGCCCAGGCCAACGAGGUGAAGAUGGCGGAAAUCAAUGCCGACAAACCACGAAAGCGACAGCAGUGGCGGCCACGGACGGCCUUGGAUGUCAGCGGACACUCCUUCGCCAAGCCGGUGCAGGCGAAGAUUGAACGCACCAAGAGCCUGCGACGGCGACCGGCGGUGGUGCCCGAGUCCUCCGAUGUUUCAACCGCGUCUUAUUCCCCCGCACUCGCAUCCCAGAAGCCGACGUUUUGGGACUUCCCGGAGGGCCGUACGGAAGAUGACACCCACCGCCCGGGUGGUGGGCGCUGGUGGACGCAACGAGAAAGAGGAGAAGCAGUGUCAGACGAACACGCGUCGUCGCUGCGUUCAGUGCGCGCGUGCUCCUCCGCCUCGACGUUGCCUCCCUCUCCCGUGGGGGGCACCGCCGCCACCGCCGCCGCCGGUCCCCCUGAUGCUGCCCCUAACCAGCCGCGAUCGGAGCUGCCUCCCCUCGCUCCCAAAAAUGGGUGCAGGAAAUACAGCAGCAGCAGCAGGAGGUGUUCGCGGCAGUUGCCUAGGAGCGUAUACGUCGUGUGA